GCUGUGCGCGCCGAAUACGCUGCCACGUCUCGCAUGCACUUCUUGGCCCUAUUCUGGGAUGUCAAGCAAUUCUACGAGCACAUUGUUCAUAAAGGUUUAGCUGAGCAGUAUGGUGUUGCAGGUUUCCCAUGGUACAUUCUUGCCCAGACUAUUCGAUCUUAUCGAUGGCCCAGGCGCAUUUUCCUGGAGGGAGUGUUGAGUGACAAGAUGUGGCCAGAGGAAGGCAUCAUAGCGGGCUCUGCCACGGCUACGUUUGAGGCGAAGGCCUACCUCAUUCCUUUAGUCCAGGAUCCUGAGGUUCUAGGCGCUUGGCAGGCUCAGGAGUCUGUCGGCACGACGGUCCACGUAGACGACAUGGGGCUUUUCUCGUGGAGCACCCACAUAGAGGAUUGUGUCACCAACAUGGUCGAGCUCGCCACUCGCAUGUACCAGGGUCUGGAGAAGCUCGACCUCUCCCUUGCCCUCCAGAAGCAUAGGCAUGCCGACAUCUUGUCUGCCAAGGAACUGCAGAAUGCCUUCGUGAACGCGCGCGAGCACCUCAGGAGCACCACCAAGAAAUCUUGGCUGGGAAAAUCCCGGGGGCCCCUCACCGAGAUGCUGCAGUGGGUGGAGCUGGCUGGAUGGGCGUUUCGUGAUGCUACCCAUUUAGUGAGCCCUGAUGGGCAGGUCUACUCCCUCAUGCA